UAAUAAAUUAAACAUAUUUAUUUUAAAUGUGACAUACGAACUUUAAAUGUUAUAUCUUUAUAUAUUUACUAUUUCAUUUUACAUACAAAGUAUGAACUAUCAAUGUUUUAUUAAAAUAUAUAUAUAAUUAUUAUUUAAAUAUAUGUUAAAUAAUUUGAUGAUUAAUAUAAUUCACACAUAUAUUUGAAUUAUAAGAAUACAACAAAUAAAUUUCAAUAUAUAUUCCUCAAAAUAAACAUAAAAGUGAAAUUCAUUUGGCUAUAUGAAAAACGUAUAGACAUAUAUAUCUAUCUUAUUAAAAAAAAACACUUUAUUUGACAAAAUAUUCUAUUUUGAAAAGAUAGUUUUAUUAAUAUACAUAAACAUAUUAAUUGGUGUUUUAAUUUAUAAAUAAAUUCAUCAAAAAUGGUUUUUGUAGUUAAAAGUUACUAAUUUACGAAUGGAUUAUAUAACAUAUUAUUUUAAUUAUUUUAAUAUUGAAUCACAAUAUGAGCAACCAACAAAUUACAAACAACUAAAAACUGUUACAAUUUGUUUGUACAAAUUGAACAAAUACCUAUAUAACGUUUGUUUGUACAACUAUUACAAUUUUUUGUUGUGAAAAAUUGCAUAUAUCUAUUCAGUUAAAACAAACACUCACCCAUGUUGAUGCAUAUAUCAAAUACUAGUUAUUUUCAAAGAUGCCUAGAAUCUACAUUAUCAAUGCAUCAGAAAAUGAUAAAUCUGAAAUUUUCUUAGUUGUGGCAUAAGAGUUAUAUUUUAGAGCCGUAGUAUGUGGAGUGUAGAUAGAUGUUGCUUCCCUUGCUACUACUUGUGCUAACGACUGGAAGGACAGUACAGAAACCCACUUCAGAAAUAAGGUAUGGUAGUUCUCCGGUUUCUUCAUAUUUGUUACGGUUGUUGUACUUGUGACCAUUAGUAAACCUUAUCAUUUUUGUUAAAUUUCGGCUUAUCAUGGACUUCAAACUUAAAACUGAUUACCGAUAAAUUGAUUGGUCAUAUCCCUUUAAAUAUUAGCUAAUUAUUUCUUCAACUACAAAUGUGUGUGACUUCAUUCAGUAACCUUUUUCGGUUCCCAACAUUUUUAGAUCGAAAUGAUGUCAAAGAUGAACAACAAGAACUUUGUAAACCUUCUUAGUUACUGUGAAGAAAAUGAGCCUUUCACCAUGAUCUUGAUCUUUUAAUAUGCUCCAAACGGAUCACUCUUUUGAACAUUUACACUGCGUACUUGUCAUAAGCCAUAAUGUCUCAUGUUGGCUCAGUUUCUUUGUGAUGAUAUAAAGGGAAGCAAAUUUCUUCUUCUUGAUGUUGUAGAUAAAGAAUCAGGACACUUGGAUUGGAGAAUGAGGUUAAGAAACGCAAUGGGCUUAACAUAUUACCAUGACCAUAAGCACCAACUCAGUCCGCCAAUAGGUCACACUAAUCUCGUCUCAUCAUCUCUUCAGCUCACAGAGGAUUGUGCUGUAAAACUAACGGGCUUCAGUUUCCAAACUUAUCGCGAUCGCGGCAAAAGCAAUCCCUGCAACUCGACAUUUUCUUCGAUCAAUAUCAUGUACCUUUGUCAUCGUAUCAGAGUGGGUCCACACCCUGACCUUUUAAUCUGGUUCAGAUAGUGGUCCGAUCAACCCACUAAGUGAUGGCUUAUAGAAGAUUUAGUUAUUUCGAAAUUAUUAGAAAAUAAAAAAUUCUCUCAGAGGGGUAUGAUGAAUUUUACGAGAUUAAUAAUUACAUUUAUCAUCAUUUUGAGAGAUGGUGUUGAAGAGAAGAUCUCAUGUUAAAAAUAUAUAAAAGACUUGUAUAAUAUAUAAGAGAUUUGAGUCAAUCCAUUGUUUUAAUUUGGAAGCCUAUGAAACUUGUCACAAAAGGAAAUAUACUCCCACAAUUGAAUAUUGAUUUUCACGCAUAUGAAAUGAAAUUCCCAUCUUUUUUAAUUUGACAAGCAAUCUACGUUCCACGAAGUUGCCUUCUCCCCAGACGAGGUCUAAACUUUAUUCCUUUCCAUAUUUUUAAAAACAUUAACACGACUUUAAUAAUGUCAAAAAAAAAAAGUCACAAAAACGAUAUAAUAGUGGCUACCAAAACUAUUGGGCCAUACUAAUUGAUUACAUAGCUGCAGUGGCUAUUUCAUGCAAACCCAUGCAUAUACGUACAAAUUGCAUAUAUAUAUAUAUAUAUAUAUAUAUAUAUAUUUUUCAUAAACUCUAUGCGCUGAUCCGGUCGGUCUUUGCAGAAACGCACUUAGUAUUACAUAAUAGACUGACUAUCACACUGCCUGACCCGAUUUGGAAUACCUUCCGACUAAUACCAAAAAGUGAACUAAUCAUCCGUUAUGAUCUACCAUGUAAACUACUUGGACCGAAACUCAAGUUCGGACUGGCCAAGUGAUAUGAUAUUUUAGUUUUUCAGAGUACACACCAAGCUUCAAGAAAUUGCCAUUAGACUACCACCAUUUGGUUAAAUUGCAUAUAUUUGGCUUUUGAAAAAAAUAAUUAGAUUACUUGCAUACAUUAUUCUGUUCCUCCCUUCCAACUUAUUAUUUCCCAUUGAAUUAUUUUUCGUUCACACAUCUUUAUACUCCCUCCGUUUAAUUAGUGCCGUGGUCAAUAUUUAACGGCUUAUACAUUUAUAUAAAGCUGUAAAUUAUAUUCCGUAGCAUUUGGUAUUUGUUUGAUCGUACGUAUAAUUAAUUAUCCAUUGGUUGUCGUCUGAGGAUUGGAAGUAGCUAGGAUUGUAUAGGGUAGAUAUGAAGAACGGCAUUUUAACGUAAGUAACUAUCAUAGCUAAGUACGGAAAUUUUAAUUCUUACCACAAUUAAUAACGACUACGAAAUAUAUACGCUUGCUUUUGGCACAAAAAAAAAUAUACGCUUACGGCUGGACAUUUGGCUUCCGAAAAUAUUUUGAAAAAAAAAAGAGAAAGAAAUACCUAAUGUAUAUGACUUCUACUAUAUACCUAAUCACCAUUCAUGAAUUUUGACCCAACACUUGCGUAUCGUUUAUAUAAUAAAAGUUCUUAAGCGUUUCAGUUCAAAAGAAGUUCUUCAGCUUAUGUUAGAAAAUAUACAAAUACAAUGUUGAAUAUAUUAUAUAUUAUACAGUGAACGGAGAGGACCUAAUUAUACAUCUUUUUCACCAAAUAGAGAAUAUUAUUCUCAGAUAAUUUUCUUCUUUUAAAAUUAUAAAAUGAGCGUAACACUAGUCUUUGGUAACUCUUUUUCAAAUAAGAGAAUGACCACACAAAGACAAAAGCAUAUUCGAAAAUUAAAGUGAAAAGUGUUAUAUACCUAAUUACUUUGUAAAAAAAAACAAGGUCAACUAAAAACUUUAAAUAACCGAAGUCUCAAUGUUUACAUGAAGAUAUGAAAUCUUUUCUCAUUGGAUAUCUUUUGUUGUUAAAAACUUGAUUGGAUACUUAACUAGACAUAUAUUUCUUAGUACUUACUUACUAGUAGCUCAUCACGAAUUCCAAACUAAAUCAAUUUGGUUGCGUGUGUGGACGUACAAAAGUGCAAGUAAUUAAAUCUAAAGUUCAGUCCAGUGAUACGGGCCGGAGAAUUCAUGUGACUUAUCAGCAUAAAAUAUUAUGUUCUAUAUCCUAACCAAAAAUAAUAAUAAUUGGCCAUAUAUGGAAAAGAGAGAUGUACUCAUGUACAUUUUUUGCAUGUAUAGAGACAGAGACGCAUGUGUAGAUAAUUAUAGAUAAUAUGAAAUAGCAAGAGUAGUGGAGAUGGAGACAGAUCCGUGAUCAUUGUUGGUGACAGAAACAAGCAGCAAUAUUUUCUUAUCGUGUCUCUCAGUGAGGACAGGACAGCCAAGCACCUUUUAACUUCUGUCUGAUUCCUCUCUCUGCUCUCUCUCUCACACACACAACGAAGAAGUAAUGCUUUUGAGUUUCUUCUUUUUUCUGUUUCACAGCUUUGGUUUGGAAGUCACGAGCCCAUCCCCCUAACCAUCCCUUUUUAUGUAUUUGUUUCCUUUUUACUCAAUUUAAUUUAUGAACACGAUGGAAGAAGUUUCAUAUAUCUAAUUAAUGUUGCGUUCUUCCUAUAUUGCAAAAGCUAGUUUGAAUGGAACAAGAUGAAUAAAUCAAAUGAAAACAUAUUUCACACGAUUCAAUGGCAGUUCUUUUGAAAUAAAAGUUCGUAAACCUUCAAAUAUAUACACGUCAUCUUGAACCUAGACUCAGACGGGUAUAACCAACAGUUUCAUAUUUAUUUUAGGUGAAACGAUUUAGCUAGUGUUUACCAUAAUUAUGAAAAAAUGUGAUUAUUUAGACAAUUUCUACUUUUGAGUUUCUUUUCACUUCCCUAGAGCCUCACGAGAUUAAAAAUUGAAGGAACUGAGUUAAAAAAUAAUACUAUUACUUUUGUUAUGUGACUAACGUGAUACUGAUACAGUUACCAACGUUUUUGUUUACUUAAAGAAGCAAAGGACCUUUUGUUUUUUGGUCAUGAGGUGUAAAUCUAGAUCUAUAUUUACCUGGUUAAGAUUGUAUAAAACUAUGGAAAACAUUGUUUUGAAGAAAAAACUAUGUAUUAAAAUUAAAUAGAAUUUAGAAUAUCCGUUGCCAUCAUGUACAUAUUGUUCCAUAUAUACGUAGCGUUGGAGAUAGGGAAAAGGGAAUCAUGGAUACAAGCAUCCAAAAAGUCAUACACAUAUAGACCUUCAAAAGUCUUCAACCUUAAAUCCCUAACAUAUGUGUUAGUCUGUGAUCUUUUUUAUUGCACUUUGUCCAAAGAACUCCAAGAUAGAGUAAAAAGGUUCAAACCUCAAAACAAACAACACAAAACACAGCCAAAUAGCUGGAGAACAAGAUGAGAUCAAGUAGCCAAAGUUCUGAAAACUCCAAGAAAACAGACAACAAAGACGAAGAAGAGGAUGAAGAAGAAAGAUCAGCAGAUCAGAGCCCAUCUAAGAAUAGCUAUCUGGAAGAGAAUGGGAGUCACCAUCAUAAUAAUGAUCAAAUCAAGAAAAGUGGUGGAUCUGUGAGGCCGUACAACCGCUCAAAGACUCCAAGGCUGCGAUGGACACCUGAACUCCAUAUUUGCUUUCUUCAAGCUGUGGAGAGAUUGGGUGGACCAGAUAGAGCAACACCCAAGCUUGUUCUUCAAUUAAUGAACGUCAAGGGGCUAAGUAUUGGACAUGUCAAGAGCCACCUUCAGAUGUACAGAAGUAAGAAAAUCGAUGACACAAAUCAAGGAGAUCAAAGAUUUUCGUUUGAACACGGAGCUGGUUACACAUACAACCUUCGCCAACUUCCAAUGCUACAAAGUUUUGAUCAAAGUCCUACUAGUUUAGGAUACGGCGGCGGUUCGUGGACCGGCCAUAGACAACAUGUCUACCAUAGCCCUUGGAGAGGCCUAACAGCACGAGACAAUACAAGAACAAGACAAACACUGUUUGGCUCACAGCCUGGAGAGAGAUUUCAUGGAGUUAGUAAUAGUAUUCUUGAUGAUAAGAACAGUACAGUUUGGUUUCGAAUCAAUUCUCAUGAAGCGGCUCAUGCGAACAAUGGAGUAGGUGAAGCAGUUCCAAGAAUGCAUAGAAGUUUUCUUGAAGGUAUGAAAACGUUUAACAAAUCAUGGGGACAGAGCCUCGCCUCAAACCCUAAUUCUUGGACGGCAUCAAAACCACAAUCUCACAUCGCUGCUACAUUAAGCUCUAACCAACGGGACAACCCACUAGUGGCAGAAAAAAUGGAGAAUGUGUUGAAGAAGAAAAGAUUGUUACUGUCUGAUGAUUGCAAUAACUCGGACAAAGAUUUGGAUCUAAGCUUGUCUUUUAAGGUACCUCGGUCACACAACAACCUUGGAGACUGCUUGUUAGAAGAAGAAAAAGAACAUGCAGAUAGCAAGGGUUUGUCUCUUUCAUUAUAUUCGUCGAGUUUUGCAAAACUCGGUCAAAUCAUUAGAAAAGAAGAUCAAAAUUAUCAUAAAAAGAGAAAGUGUUCGGUCUUGGCAAGUCCCCUUGAUCUCACUUUGUGAAUAUAUAUAUAUAACAACAUAUAUAUACGUCUAUUCUAAGUGAGAUCUUGAGGUACUUAUUGAUGGAAGAUUGUUAUCUGUGGUUUAUUUUUCGUUGCAUACUUGUGACAAGACCCGUAACUAAGGUAAUAAUAGCUACAUUUCUGCACCGUCUUCCACAUAACUCUGUCAGAUAUUAAAUUCUUAUUUAUAUAUUAUUGUUGGUGAUCGAGUUGUGAAAAUAGAUUUGUUUUUAUCCUGAAUAGUAGCCAAGAAAUAGAUCAGUGAGUCUUUUGAACAAAAAAAAAAUUGAUCAGUGAGUCUAUAUGGUUUUGAUAGUUUUCCUUUUUCUUUUGAACUUUUGGUUUUGAUAGUUACAAGACAUUGCACGUUGCUUUGGUUGUGUCUUGUUGUGAGACGUUGCAAAUGUAUGUGUAGUUCCGGUUUUCACUCACACUCACAAAAAAGUAUCCUAAGCUAUAUUUUGUUCCCUAACAUGGAGUUCUUGUAAGAAAUUGUAUGCCUUAAUGUUAAAUAAGUGAAGCAUAUAUAUAUAUAUAUAUAUAUGCAAUCGUAGGUUGCUCAAAAAAAAAAAUAUAUAUAUAUAUGCAAUCGUAUAUGCUUUGUAUGGCAUAUAUGUAUCAAAAUAAUCAUGAACAAAGUAAUUAACGAAGGUAAUCUAAAUCUAUGAACAGUAAACUUUACAGUCAAUAUCAUGCGUCUCAGUCGUCAUCUCUAUUCACUAUAGAGUAUAUGAGCCAUAUUUGUCAAUGGUACAACAUAAUAAUUACUUUACAGAUUAACUAGUCCAUUUAACUAUAAAACUUGUCAGUUGUUCUGUCCAUUUCUAAUUUCGUUCCACUCUUUUAGUAUUUUUCUAACGAUACCACUCUUUUAAAAUUACAACGAAAGUUCUUUAGAUAUUUGGUUUCUCCUCUCGUAAGACUUUUUUUAUUUUUUUGGAACGCAACUUCAUUAAACUUAAAUCAUCAGAGUACAGUGGUUAAACCACUCGAUACAUCAUGGCCCAAAGCCUGUUUUGGAGAGAAAGACAAGAAGACAGAUGUACUUGCCAUAGAGAUGUGUCUUGGUCUCCUCGAUAUACAACACACUAUUUGGUGUUUGCAUAUAAUCGUUUUCUAAUAACCUCGGGCCUUGAAAACAUUCUGGCUAUAUCAUAUUAUUUGAGGAUGUGUACAUAUUUUUCAGGGAAUCAAAAGUAUGUAAGGUUUUUGUAUUUUUAUGUCUACUUACAUGUGUCUUUGUUGUAUCAUAUUCUUCCCAAUCCUUAAUAAUUUGGAAAAUAUAGUUUUAAGUCAAAUGAUAGGUAGUGUUAAUAUAUUUGAUAGAACUUUUACAUUAGAUAUUUUGUAAACUUCUACUUCAUUGAUUUUAUAUUUUGCAGUCGUGAAAUACAGAUGUUUUCAGACACCAAUUUGAUGGCAAACAGUCUUUAGAAUACAAUUUACUCAACUCGUGGACUUUCUUUGGUAGCAAAUUUGAUUUGUCUGGUUAAGACAUAAGAGUAAGGCAAAGCAUACCAAAGAAGAAGGUGAUUUGGAAAAUGGAUUUAUGAUAAAUGGCUUUUUAUAGUAAUAUUAUAGGCCCAUUUAAGUAAUAUGGCACAUUAAGUAAAACCCGUUUACGUUUCUAAGGCGACGUUCUUUCUCAUGAAUUUGAUCAAAAUCUUGGAAAGAGCUAUUUAAUUAUCAGUUGUUAGGAUAUUAACAGAUGUGUUAGUGUAUAACAAUAAUAAGACGAUAAUGAUAUGUACCUACAUUGAUACUGAACACAUGGUAUCUUACUUUAUAGUUAUAAUAUCCACCACCUAUAUGAAGAAAACUAACCGACUAAUAUAUAUCAAUAUUUUAUACGUAUUAUAAUACUGAAGACUAAUAAAUUUAAGUUUUGAUUAACACUAACAAAAAUAUAAGAUAUGAGUUUUGGAAUAAGAUUCACUUUUAAAGAAUAUCUCUUCUUCUUUUUGUGUGAAAAGGCUUGGAUUCAAUUGUUUGCGAGGAAUCCUUUUUAGUAUGGUUGAAAAGAUAAUUAAAGAAGUCGAGAAAGAGAAUGAAGAUAACGAAAAGAGGGGUUGUGAUAAAAAGAAGAAGAAAACAAUGCUUAUCACAUCAAGAAAAGAAAACAUAAAAUGUUGGGGUGAAGAUGCAAACUAAGCUCAUCCUAGAUUGUAAUAUAUAUAUGUUUAAUUCUGUCGUCGGCGAUAUCCUCAACAAAUUCCCAAUUAAUAUAUGUUUUCACCAUCUAAUCUGUGUAAUCUACGACCCAAACAUUUAUAAAAGAAAACAAUUUUGCAUUAAUUUCAGACAUAUAAGUUCACUAUGAAUUUAACUGGGGGCAUCUUCCAGUAAUAUACUAAUAUUAGAUUUCUUCUAUGCAUAUACUCGUCGAUAUAUGAUCUUUUCCAUGUUCAAAUAUAAAUUAUUGUCAACAAUCUUUGUCCUUGAUUUUACACUAGAUUGCGAAUUUACAUGGUAAACUAGCUAUUGCGGGUGGAAGUCCCCUUAGUUCAAUAGUUUGACUAAGGGUUCAUUAAUAUUUCUACACUAACAGAUCCAAGUUUCAAUUUUCGGAGAAAACGAUUUAUUAAACAAUUAUGCAAACUAAAGAAAAAAUACUUGCAAGAGCUUUUCAACAUGGUGCAAAUAAACUUGGUCAUCUUUAUGAAUAAUGUAAUGAAAGAUUUGUGCAUUAUAAAUUUGUCUUCAUGCAAGUGAAAUUGUCUCUGCCGACCAAUCUUUGGCCACAUGAAAGCUUUGGCAAACAUAAAGACAAAUUCUCUCUUUUAUAGAUUCAACUCUACAACAACUCUUUGCAUUAAUUAAUAGGUUGGAUCAAAAUAUUCAUAAUUUUGAUCUGAUUCUUUAACUGUUUCAACUUGAACCGAAAAAUCAGAAUAUCCGUAAUUCUACGGACAAAACAAAUACUAAUAUGCAAUAUCAAUAAGAAACGAAGCAAAUCAUAAAUACUAGAAAUAUUUAUAGGAACAGAAAUCUGAUCUUAUAUGCAUAUAUACAUAUAUUUAAAUACUUAUAUACAUAUAUUAUAUAAUUAUUAUAUUUUAUGUAAGUUUUACAAAAAAGUAUAUUUAUUAAAUCGAUAAUUUAGGUAUUAUAAUUUUAAAAAGAAAUAACUUUUUGUGAUAAAUAUUGUAAUUUUAUAUUAUUUUCAUUUUUUGUUUAUUUUUUAUUUUAUUUGUACAAUCGAAAUACGUUUCAAAUUAAAAUAUUAAAAAAAUUAAGAUAUCCGAACAUCAAAUAUUUGGAUAGCUACGGAUCGAAUAAUCAAUUAUUUGGAAAAAAAAACAAAACAGGUAACAAAUACCUCAAAAAAUCCGAAAAUUAGAUCCAUGUCAACCCUAAUUAAUUAUGAUCGUGAUUUCAUAAAGAGGCCGGUGACCGGUGUACAUGUUAGGACUCAAAUCUUUCUCACUUCCUUGUUUGUUUCUCAGCGUAAAUUAGUAUAUGAAAAUCUUUUGUGUAUAUUAUUUAUAUAUAUAUAUAUAUAUGUAUAUGUAUAUGUAUUUAUAUGUGUGUAUAGGUAAGGGUUCUGAAAAUGUAAGCAUGAAAAGAUCAAUGAAUAUCUUCCUUUCGUGUCAUUUUCAAUGGAGUUUUAGCUUGGUUUCACAUAUGAUGUAUGACAAAAGUCACAGCGUUGUUAUUUUCAUGCUGAAUACGAUAAUUCAGCCCCGUCCAAAAUUUCUUUCUAGCUACAUUAUCUUCGGCUGUAGACAUAAAAUAUGUUUGUCGGCAAAAUUUUAUGUAAGUAUUACUGAUAAUGAUGUUUCAACCAAAUAGUCGUAAUCAAUUCAUUAAUUUCGGUUUAAUGUUCGAGUGUUAUAGAUUUACAAUUUGUUUUUGAAAUUUAAAAUUUAUGCAACCCGAAAAACGAGAAUUCAGAUUCGAUUACAAAUCCGAUUUAAACAAAAAAAAUCAAAUCAAUCUAUUAUGUUCCUAGCUUCUUCUGCCUACUAAACCCGGCAAGUUUCACUAAUCAGUUUUAAAAACCCUUGUGAAUCGGUUAUCAUUAUCAACCAAUACCUUGGAAAUGUGAGGUUUCCUCAUUGCCUCUGAUGCCAUGACUUCCUAACUCAUCUCCGGAGUAGCUAACUUAUGAUGCACUUUCCGAGGCUUAUAACUGUUACUAUCAGGCUUAUAACUGUACUAUCGAUGAAAUACUAGGCGAACAAUAUAGAAAAGGAGGUUCAAAGUUACCUUUACCAGCUCCGAGGAAUUGAGCUGUACCCCCGACUAAGCCACCAUGAACAUGCAAAAAAAAAAACAGGUUGGGAUCUCCGCCAGCUUUGCCAGCAAGUCUCUAAACACAAAAAAAACUACUUUGUGAAGACUCCAAAACCUUUGAAUAUUUAAUCAUUGCAUAUAGAUUUACAAUUCAUUUUAGAAACUUCUUAUAAAGGUUAUCUCUGAAUUUUUUUUAAAAAAGAGUAUUAUGUUAUAUAUAGCCACAGGCCAUUGCAAUGGAACUCUUUGUUUGAGAAUUAAUCGGAAAUGGUAUGUUUAGUAAAAAAAGUAUCAUGUUCAUACAAGUAAUUAAAGUCUACUAAGUUCCAUUGCGCUACGAAACAGGAAUUGAAAUUGCAGUUAGUUAACAUGAUUUUAACAACACGCCUGGGGGGUUUUGGCUAUAACAGGUAAAAGAGGUAAAAAUUCGUAUCUGAUGUAAGAUGAAACUCAAAGUAAUACAUAUAUAGACAUGAACUAGCUUAUUCAUUACCGAUUGAUUUUGAAAUGGAAUUUAUGAGACUAAAUAACAUGAUAGUAGAGUCUACUUGUAUCCGUACAUGUAUAUCAAUGUCUCAAUGAUAAUUAUAAAUUUAAUCGUGAGAUUCAGUUUGAAAUUGCCUAAAUAAAUCAUCUUACAUGUUUUAAGACAAGAAUCUCACUUUUAAAUAAGAUAACAUUUCAAGUAAUAAUAUACGAUGAAAAUAUAUAAUUACUUUAUUCUCGAUUGAGCUUGAGUUGAAAUUUGAACACAUAAAAGAAUAUGAAAAUAAUAUAAUGUAAAAUGAAUAUCAUUAGUGUUCCAAAAAAAGUAAAAUGAAUACCAUUUUUUGAUAAUCAAAAAGGUAAAUGAUAUUUUCUAACGAGAAUUGAACCCGAAUUACGGUGUGCCUAAUAAACACUCUUUUACAACUAGACCAACAAUUCAUUGAUAAAUUGAUAAAAUGAAUACUAUUGAAACCACAACCAUUUUCUUUUUGUUGUAUAUAACCUAAAUUUUGUACAUUGUAAAAAAAUGACAAUAUCAAAUGAAUUUUAUCAAAAAUGCAAAGUACUUAAUAUGAUUAUUUAGCUGGCAAAGUACUUAAUAUGAUUAACAAUGCAAACAAUCUUUAUAUAUGUUUGAAGAUAAUGUACAAACAAUCUAGCAUACUAAUGGAUACUAAGUUGUGAAAGCAAGUGUCGGAAUUCGGAAGUAUCACUCUAUUUUUAUGGGAAGGGACGUAGCUACUUGCCCAGUGCUCAAGAGAAGGGCCUACCAAAUACUUGUUAGAUGGCUAAUAUGUGAAUGUGGUUUCGGUACACCCAAAUUAUUAUUAUUUUCUCAUAAAAGAACAAGGAAAUUAAGAAAAUAGUUAUUUCCGAAUAACGAAAAUAACAAUGGUUGACAAAAAAAAACAAUGAAAAAUGUUAUUUGUUUUACCCCUUGGCUGGCCUACGCCUUUUUGACAUCACGUACUGAUCAAUCGAAAACGAGAAGGAAUCAUUUAAUGACAAUGAUUUUGUCUUUGUUUUAUAUGACUUUCGUCAUAUUAAUUGGAUCUUUUAUCAACUAAGUUCAAAUGAGUUUGGCAAAAAAAAAUGUACAAAAGAGGUUUUUGUAUUUUCUUAUGUUCAUCGGAGUGAACCUUUUCUAUAUACUUCGGUAGCUAUAAAGAUCCUAUUUGUUUUCCUAUGUUCAUCGGAGAAUAUCCAUUUGAACUUCGUCUCCCUAGUGCAGAUUUACGUGCCAGUAAACUUUAAGAUUAUUUUUGCUAUGCACCCCACAUUUCUGAUUACAUUUUUAACCUUUUACGUGUUACUUUGAAAGAAAAAGAUCUUAUCACUUUUCAUCAAUGAGUGUGUUCAUUUCCUAAAGAGCGAAGCGCUAAUCGAUGUUUAAAAUUUUAAUUCUACAAAUCUUGUAUUCAUCGUAAAUGCACUGUUUUUUUUUUUUGAUAAUUCAGGUAUCCGGACCUCUCAUUUAGUCUGACUAUCCGACCACGUCUAACCGGAACAGGCGAGAAAGAUCCUGGAAGCCAAACAGAAGUUUCUUUAACACUAGACUACGAGGCUCGGUUGUAAAUUCACUGUUAAGUUGUGGAAGUGAAGACAAUCCCCAAAAGAAUAGAUAUGUAAUAGUAGAGCUCGGCGAACAAUGAGCAAGGCCGAAACGAGUCUGGUGGGUGUGUGAUACACGUCUAAAAUUAUGCAAAACUAAGGAUAUUGUGAAGGUCCGUACAUACGAGAUAUGCUUUUGGAUUCUAACUGGAACCUUCCUUGCAAUUGGAUAUAACUUAUAAGCGAAGACUUAUAGGAAAUGCAAUGUUAGAUAUCUGCAUAUAAUUGAAAUCUAUGAUGGGCGAUGUACAGAAAUGAGGACUUUAGACUUAAAUUCCAUUACUUUCGUGAUCUAGUUUUAAUAUUAUUUUUUUUCAUUUUAUGGUUUAGUUUUUUUUUUCAUAACUAAUUAAGUUGUAUUAUAUAUUGAAAAAAGAGUAAAAACAUAUAUAGUUGAUCGAUGUUAUCAUUGUCAGAUCAACGACUACUAUUCCAACUCUGUGUCCUUGUCUCUGCAGCAAAAAUCAAAUGAGCAAAUCACAUCAUGAAGUAGAAAACGAUAGCGACGAUUGAGCAAUUCUGAUCAAAAGUUUGAAAAAAAAAAAUCAACAAUAAUACAUAAAAAGAAUUUGACCUAUUCAUUCAAUGUUGAGUUAAACCUAACAUGAUAUCAAGAUCUAGCUUGUUAAACCUCAUAUGUAGUUAAAACUCGAAAAUUUUCCAUAAAGAAAAGCAGAGUUAUACAGACGCAGUGCAGCUCUUGAUACGACAUGUGCACAGCAUAAAAUUUUACCUUUUUCUGUUUCGUGUUUCAUCAUUCAUCAUUCAUCGUCGCUUCUCAAAAUUUAUUAACACGUCCUUGGUCUCACCGACACGAACAAGACGUAUAUUUACGUUUCGAAUGGUAAAAGCAGUUACCAUAUAUACCAUUAUAUGGAAAGUGCCUUUUUUGUCAAAAAAAUGCCUUUCACUUAUCAGCAUGCAUCUACAGAUCUACUCUAUAUAUACGACUGAAGUUCGUAGAUGACUUAGAUAGAAAGAAAAAACAUGACUACCGUAACAUCUGCAUACCACAUCAAGUCAUCCUUUUAGUUUGUUCCCCAUAAAGCAAUUUUCUCACCUUUUUCUCUUGGUACAAAAUCUUCCCAAAUCUUCAUUAUUUCUUUUCAUAAACAGAAUAAAAACAAUUUACAAAACCGAUUUAUUUGGAUUACAGAAUCAUCUUCUUUAAUCUUUUCAUUCAAUGGGAAUGUGAAAUGUAUCCCACCAUCUAAAUUAUUUAGUUUGAUGAUAAGACAUAUUGCAAAUAUUUUUUGGAUCAUUAUAAUCUAAAUUUUAUUCGAUAUCUGCUUCCAGUUCAUUUUUUUUCUCAUUAGAAACUCCGUUGUAUUAAGAUUUGAUAGAUCCUUAAACCUUAGACUCUACUCAUAACAUUUUGGAUUAUUACAAGAGGUAAUAUUUGUAGGGUCGAAGUACACUGUUUUUAUCAUCAUUGAAAUAGAAGCUUUAUAUCAUAUUCCGAAAAGAAGAAGAAAAAUAACUUAAAAGAAAAAAGAAAGACGUAAAAGAAAAGUAUAUCAUAUAUAUACUAUACGAGUGACCACGUUAAAUAUUCAUGGGUCCAUGCUAGAAUUGACAAGACCACUACAGUGAUUCAAGAAAACUUAACGAAAAAGUGGCAUUGCUUUUAAAUUAUCUAUACAUUUUUUUGGGCAAAAAAUUAGCUAUACAUAUAUAUAUGAUUUCAGUUAAAAGUGCACGUACAUAUGGUUUUAAAUUGAUUCCUUUGCAAAAAUUUGAAAAUUAAAGUCUAAUGUCUGUAUAUAACCUAGUAACCAAUGGCUCAUGGUAAUGCGAGAGGUAUUGCCUUUUGUUGCUUUCAAUAGCAGUCCUAGCUGUCGCUAUAUGUGAACAAAAAUACUUUAGAAGCCAAUAUUAAUUAUAAGCACCACUUGAAACCAACUAUUAUUGCUUAAUUUUCUUAGUUGCAAAAUUAUGAGUAGGAAUUUAAGUGUUCAAAAUGUUUAUUGUUUUUGUCAAAUAACACAUUUUAGUUAUGGUAACAAAUAGAGAAAAUUAGCAAAGGAAAAAUUCUUAUUAUACAUCUAACUAUCUAAGAAAUAUUACUAUAAGAUGACUGUAAUUAGAAAACCAAGUAAAUAAGUUGUGAUCUUCUUUUCUCUAGCUAAAAUCUGCAUAAUUAUGGAAGGGUAUGUAUUUACUAGUAUAAUAUUCCAUGAAUAUAUUUUUGUCUUUGUCCUAUAAAGUUAUUCCAUGAGAAUCUUGGCACCAAAUCUUUCACUGUUGUAGACAGACGCCAUUGCCCAAACAACAAUGCACAUCAUACUGUAAACCGCCACCACCACCAAUUUGAUUCUCACGAUUAUUUUCCCUUUUAAUACGUCAUAAUUAUAAACAAGAAAGCUAUAACGUUUUCUAGAUUGAUUAUAGACCUUUUUCUCUUAAAACCUUUGCAAUUCUAAAAUGUAAUUUGCUCAUGGACUCAGAAUUUAGUCGAAUAAGUCUCGUACUUUUUCUUGCUUUUAGGUUAUUUUUUGCGACCUUUUAUGUUUAGAUUGGCUACAUGAAUCAUUAGGCGUAGACCAAUCCAUUACCACUGUCAAUAAACAGUUCGAUCCCAUGUAUAAUAAGUAGGUAUUGUAUGCAGACUUUAAUUCAAUGGUAAGAAUAUACCUUUUUUUUUUAAACAAACAAUAUACCAUACGUGCCACGGACAUAUUUGGGUUGAUGAAUUACUAGCAUAUAUUUUCCAUCUAAUAAUGUUAAUUCAAGGAUGAAAGUCAAAUAUAAGAUCUGACGGAAAAAUAGAAGCUCUGGAGAGGCAAAACUUAAAGUUCAAAAUAAAGAAGCUAAAAUCUUCGUUAAUUUUGACUUACUUGAAAGGUGCAUGAGAGAUGCAAGAUUAAAACAAUCAAUUUAUUAUGUAUUUUGUUUUGCAUUUGUUUACCAUUCAAAAUAUUAAUUGCGGAACAAAAAUAAAUAAUUAAUUAAUAAAAAUCUGCAUACAUAUUAAAUUGUUGCCUGCAGUGAAAAAAUCUGUUGGGAGAAUGAUGAGGACCAAUAAUUAGUCUUAUUUAAUUUAUUUCAUUAAUUUUCAAACUAAAUACAAAUUCUCUCAGGCAUAUGGUUUAAUAUUUUCAUUUUAUGUAGAAAUUUAUUUAUAAAAAGAAUUUAUAAAGUGAUAUAUAAAAUAUACAUGAUUAUGUAUAUUUUCUUUUAUACGUACAUUCACAGAAGUUAUCUAUAUAUUUAGUUUACAGAUUCAUACUUGUUAUAUAAUUUUUUGCAUUAAGUAGAUAUACAUGUUAUUUUGUAUCAUAUAAAAUGUAUAACUUCACUAAAUAUGAUAUAUUUUUCUGACUUAGUUAUAUUUCAAUGAAAUAAAUUUUUUAAUGUGUUCAUAUGAGUUGGAUAUGAUAAAUAAUAUUCAAUAAGUUUAAUUUAUUGUCAAAAAUUAUGUUAUAACACAUGGAUUCAUUUUUAUUUUAUAUUUAACUAGAACUUCUAUUUUUUUUAAGAUCUGACUUACAUUAUUUUAUCUUUUCAAUACUCAAUUAGAUUGAACAUGAUUCGGUAAAUUAGUUUGAUUAGUUAAAUUUACAUUUGUUCUACAUAUCUAUUUGAUUUGUAUAUAAUCGGCUUGAUCUGCGUUAUCUUUUAGAUAUGUUUUAUCAUUCGAACCUUUAGUUACUUGUACAUAUUGUUAACAUAAAUACAAGAUGUAUGUUUUCUACAUUUAAUUUUCAAUCAGUUUUAGUCUUUCAUUUCACAUCGCAACACCUCAAUUCAAAGACUUUCAUAAUUAAUU